CUUCAAUAUGGCGGCGCUAGACAGCUCCUCGACCUCUCCCGUCACCCUGUCUCCCACAUCCUUGUCCCCAACGGGGCCGCCGCCGACCCCGCCCCCCACCUCGAACGCACUCUCGAAGUCGCCCCUGGAGUCGAAGGACAGCUCCCCGAGCCCAGUGCCGCGCUCCGCCUGCCUCGAGAACUCCUUGCCCCUUGCUGUGUUUUAUGGGCCACUGGACGCUAAAAACCCGCUCCUGGCCUCCUGCGAGAGGGAAAUCCGGGAAUUACUAGGCUUUAUGAAGAGAAAGAAGGCGUUAGCGAUCACGGAGGAACAGAAGCAUGAAUUCCACCGGCUUUGCGCCACCUCUUUGUUUAAUAUCUGGACCAAAUAUGCCCCCCGGCUGCCAGCUGCUUAUUACAAUGAAAAGCUUCUGAAGGUUGGAGAUAGCCUUUGUGAAAUGAAAGAAUACAAACUGGCGCUUUUACAGUGCUAUGGAAGGUAUCUUCAGCAGUUCACUAUCAACUUUGAUGAGAAUAAAGCAGAUGUGAAUCAGUUCAAAACUGCUUUUUUCCCAAAAGGCUUUGGAGACAAGACUGCUGCACAUACAUUUCAUGCUUUAAGUAGCAAAAAUAUUUGCAAAUAUGAGCUGGUCUGUGACAGUGAUGUGAAUCUGCAGAACAAAGACUCUGUGACCCAGUGUCUGCAGAUUCUGUCCUCCUUAAGGCUCAUCAUGCAGGUCGCUUUGCCACAGGAGCACCUUUGCUGGAUUAUCUUCAAUGGUACCAUUUACAUUUAUACCAUUUGCAGAAAACUGAUGAUCAUAGGUCAGUCUUCCAAGGCCUUAGAGUACCUUCUGUGGGCCAGCAUGUGUAUGGAAUGCUCAGUCCCCCUCCUGUCUGUCAGAUACUUGACCUGGAGAGCUACUCUUUACACUGCCGUCUGCCAGUGCUACUAUGACUGCCAAGCUGGCAUUCAUGGAGAGGCAUUUGCUCGGCGUGCUUUAGCUAAAAUUGAUGAGUUACGGCAACUGGAAUUAAUGAGUAACUCACAAUCACAGGAAGAAUCCAGAAGACAUUAUAGAGAGGCCACAAUAAAGAUGGCAGUGAUGAUCUUCAAAAGGGGAGUAUUUGAAUCUAGAAGAAAGAGCAAAAGUGUCUUUAGACCAAAGAUAAGAGUUAACCUGAGGGAAGCUCAAACCUUGCCAUGGCCACGUACUGUCACAGAGCGGUUGUUGGAUGAGAUGUUGGAUAGCACUGCAUCCCGGUUUCUGGCCGUCUUAGAAGCUCUUUCUGACUCAAAUAGGCGCACACUACAAACUGGACCUAUUGUUACAGAUGAAGUAGAAGUUCGUGAUGUUGUCUCAGAACUGUUUAUGGCAGGAAAAGAACUUUUAAUAAUGUCAAAUACUGGUGCAGAUGGAAUGCUUGAUUUUCCACAAACAUCUCUUUUGCAACUUACUGUAAAAGGAAAAAAUGUUAUUUCUAUAGAUGCUGCUGUGAAAUUUGUAAAAUUGGCUUUUACUUAUGAGGAAUGGAGUUUAUUUGACUCUUUAGCUGGGCAACUUAUUGAUUUUCUCCAGAGGCAAGAUGAUCCAGAGUCCAAGAAAGCAGAAAAGGAUUUAAUUCUUCUUGUUGCAAUAGAACCUUUAAUCAACAUAAAGAGAAACAAAGGUUUGGUCUUUCCCAUGGAAAACUAUAAAGAAGGACAAUCAGCUCAAAUUUAUGUUAAGAAAAUUAUUUUUCACGAUUCUUGUGUGAAGACUUGUGGAUAUUCAGAAGACAUUUUCCAUUUGGCAGCAACCUUGUACUCUUGUGUCUGUGCCUCUCCCCAGAAUGUUCAGCCUGAUAAAGAAAUUGUUGUGGACAUGUUAAUGUUCCUAUGGCAGAAAUGCAAAUUAGGAAUUCAGAAGAUCAAUAUGGCCAGAAAUGACUAUGCAAAAUUCACCCAGAAAAUCAGUAGUAAUAAAUGGGUUUAUCUUCUGUGGCAGAUAAAUGAAGUAAUUCACUGCUAUAAAAUGGAAGAUAUUGAUAUUGUGGUGGUAGCAGAGGUCACAUUGCGAUUAAGUGAAAUAUUGGAGUUAUUAGGAAACCCACGAAGAAAAUUUAAAAAAUCUCUAGAGAUACCUUUAAGGAAAGGAACUGGUGACUCCCUUGGGAUUUCGAGAGGGAACACAGAAAUUCUUCCAAUAUUAAAGAAGAAACCUGUGGAACAGUUAUUUUUGGCUUAUGAACUCCUUGACAAAGCAAUUGACGGAAUAAAUUUGAAUUGCAUGUUAACUGCUUUACCAAAUGGAUCAUCAGUGAUUGACCAUUGCUAUGCCAAGUAUGCCCAGGAUAUAGAUGGAGACAUUUGCAAACCAGUCACACCAAAUAAUUUCAUGAUGGAUUUGCAUCUUGAACUAAUUCAAGCGCGGCACCACGUAGCUGUUGUGCUUCUUGACCAAUUGCAAGUUUUGCAGACUCCAGCUGUUAGCAAACAUGUAUCUACCAAAGGUCCAGAAAAGCUAAAACAGCCUAGAAGCAUUGACUGUUUUACAGAAUUGAGUGUAAUGAAUAAAAUAAGGAAGAAUAAGCUGUCCAAAGCAAUAUACUUGAUGCAGAAAGCUCUUCUAAUAUCUGAGAAAGAUGCAACCUCUACAUCUUCACACAACCUUUUGAUGGAAGCAUAUUCUUUAAUUGAGAAGACUGAAGCAGAACAAAAUACCCUAUAUUCAUAUCAAAACUAUGUGGAAAGUUCGAAAAGAAAGAAAAGCAGAAUUCCUCCUCCACCUAUCCUGCUAUCCCGAACUUACUGUUCUGUGACAUUGAAACCUGCUCCAUUUAUUUCAGAUGUUAAGGUCUCCUGGUACUGCAUUUUGGGCUGCAAAGCAGAAGGGAGCUAUGGAAAAGUUAGGCUGAACAAUAAUCAUCUCCCAAACUCAGGAGAAGCGAUACCAGCUGAUGGUAAAAGCAUUUUUGAAGUGAAAGGUUUAGAAACCAAUGAAAAAUAUGUCUUUGCAAUUGCUGCUUAUUCUUCUAAUGGGAAGCUUAUUGGUGAUGCUAUUGGGGAGACAACUAAACCAAUUCUGGUUUAUCCACCUCUUUCUGCUGUUACUGCUCGGAUGUUCUUGACACAGGUUGCCUAUCAGGUUGGUAACUAUGAGUUGGCUAAGAAGGCUUUCUCACCAGUUUGGGAUUACUUUGUGGCUUCACCACAUCACGAUGAACAAUCUGUUAUUUGUUUAAGCAAUAUAAUGACUAUCACACAGAGAAGAUUACAUUCAGAUAUUUUGGCAGAGACUUCUUCAAUCCUUUUAUACUUUUUUCUUAGAAAUAUUUUUGUAACAAGUGACAUUAAAAUUAAAGAAGAAAAUCUUUUCUGUGAUAGUAUUAAAGGCAAUGAGCUUUUCCCCUCUCAACAAAUUACUAGACUAAUUGAAUGUGAGAGAGUAUUAGUGGCAUUGGAACUUAGCAACUACCUCAAUGAUUCCAGUUAUACCCUUCAAGCUGUGACUCAGUGUUAUGGCCUUCUUGCACCUAUAAUCUACCACAAUAUUGUUUUGGUACCUGUCAUACAGAUCUUGAUAAAGUGUGUAGUGGCUUUGCAAGGAGUACCAAAUAUCACCCAUUCAAAGAAACAUAUUGCAAGUUUUGAAAGUGUACAGCACAUGAUAGCUUGUUGUAUCUUCUAUAUAACAAAGAUCCUGCGUUCAUGGAAAGAAUAUGACCUGGCAGUAAUGAUUAUAAAUUAUGGAAAAAAGAUGUUGGAUAUCACAUCAGCAUGCAAAUCUCUAUUUGGUGUGUCUGACCAAGAAGAAAUACAAGAGGAGGGUUCUUCUAAGAAGUCUUCCAAGCCUAAGAAGCCACAGCAGAUAUUAUUACCUGAAAAAAUAAAUGAACAGCUGGCCUUGUUGGAGACACACCUACUCAAACUGACAAAGCAAUAUGUUACAACUGAACUCUCAGGAGCAGAGGACCCUAUAUUUCUUUACCCUAUUGUUUUAAACUGGUCGGUCAAAGGUGCUGUGAAAGAAGUUAUGAAAUUUAAGCAGAGACCUAGAUUCCUAGAAUUCUUCACACAAGUUAUGCUAAAAUGUAUGAAUGAUGAAAAAUUUCAUCUUAUGGUGGAGAUAACAAAUCCUGUUUAUGACUUCUUGAAAAGGAGGAAUGAGUCCCUACUUGGAAUAAGAAAAACGAAAUAUAAGGAUAAUGUUCUGUGUAAAAAGACAACCAAAUCUUUGAAGAAGUUCAAAGCUGCAGUAAUGGAAAUUGGAAGAACCGUAGAACUGUUGCCAAGGAGAAGAAGUAAAAGAAAUGAAACUCUAAGAGAAUUUUUUCCCAAAAAUCCAUCUGUUUCUGAAAUGGUGGAACAUGAAAGAAAUAAGAGAACUGAUGUUAGAAAACUUGCUUAUCGAUUCCUGGUGGAUAACUUGAAUCCUAUAAUAUUAAAUUUUGUGAAAAGGAAGAGGUUCCAUCAAGUAUUUCUUGAGGAGAUGCCCUGGAGAGCUCAGAUGAACCUGUAUCUGGCAAGUGCACACUUCAACCUGCUUUUAACGAAGCUGGGGGAGCGUACAAAGAUGAAAUUUGGCCCUUCACAUCCAGUGGUCAGUUUCCGAUCAUGUGAUCCUAAUAUGUUCUCACUAUAUAAUUCAGGAACAGUAUUACCAACAACGAAAUUGACUCUAGAAAACUAUAAAGUGAUACUUGAUUUCCUUCAUACAGCUAGAAAAAGAAAGGCCAACUUACCAUCAGAUGCUGAAGAAUUUUCCACAUUUAUUAAUUCCAGAAUGAGUGAUGAAAAUGUGUCCAAGACACAAACAGUUAAUGACUCAGACUCUCAGUCAGGUCUUAGUGCUAAAGAAAAGGAUCGAGCUGCAAAUUUGGGUAUAUUGGAUCAUUUUAUGAAGAUCUUCUUAUAUUGCAGGAGAGCAAUGGUUCUUGCUCAUCGUGGUGGCUAUUGGACUCUGCUUCAGAACUGCUGUCGGGCCCUUUGGAACUUUACUCAGGAGCUACAGAUACUUCUUAAACAAACAGUGGAUAUAUAUAAAACAUUUCCUAUUAGCCAGGAUUGUUUCCUCUGUACCUGUGUUUUGCCAUUUUAUUUGGGAGCAGAAUUACUUAUUGACAUGUUAGUAGAACUACAAAAUAUUGAUUCUAUUAAGGUUGUUGAAGAAAAAGGGGAGUUCAGUGUUCCAAGCUGCUAUGGAAAUAUUAAAAAUGAUAAUGGUGGUUCUAGCCUUGAUUUCGAACAUCUUCUGGAUGAUGUAAAUGUGGUUGAUUUAAAAUGGAUCCAUAAUUUUGUAUUGAAAUCUCUGGAACUUUUAUAUCAAGUGGAAAAAUGGGAAACACUGGUAUCACUUGCUAUCCAAUUCAAUACAAUUUCACAUGAGAGAUACACAGAGCAAGUGACACCCCUCCUAGUGUAUGCACAGCGUCAACUUCUUCUAAGAAUAUCCAAGUUCAAUGGCCCGGAUGUUACCCAACAAGCUUGUGCAAGAUAUGAGGCUGAAUACAACGAGAAGAUAACCUGCCGAAAUUUCGUUGGGAAGCAGCUCAAGAUUAAUCCUUCGACCAGUGAAGUAACAGAUACAGAAAACGGCACAGAUAGCCUAAAAAAGUUUAUCGGUUCAGAGUACAGCCACGCCAAAAAGCUUGUCUGUGUGCCCGUGGAUGUGACAGACACUUUGAGAUGUUUUAGAGAGACCCUGGAAAAAUCCAGAUAUCACAACAGAUCAAUCCGACACAGCAGAAAAUUGCUUUCAUUAUUCCUUGCACAGACACAAGAUGUUCUCCAAGUCAGCCAUCAAAGAAGUCUUAAAGUUCAGGCAUUGCAUGAACUCGGAAGCCUUCUCGUCUUUGCGGAAAAGAAAAGGGCUGCUUUUAAAUGUUGGUGUCAAGCUCUUGAUGACAUAUUCAAAAAAGAAGACGUGCUAUAUACAUGGAAAGAGUUUGGUACCUCACUCACCAAUUCAUCUCCAGGUUCCAAAGAUUAUAGUGAGGAAUUUCUGUCAAGAGUUGGCAUUUGGGGAUGUUUGCAAGGAGCAGUCAUAUCAGCAAAGAUAGCACAAUUUAUUAUGAUCUCGGAGGUUGACAAGAGAACCAACUGUUGCAUUUUGUCUGCAUUACUCUUUCAGGGUUUGCUUAGAACCACACUUCCACAUCCCAAAGCUGAACGUUGCUACGCUCAGUAUGAAAUCACUCAGCUUCUCCCAGGCAUCGAGCUCUUCUCAGACAGAUACAGGGCUGACAUUUGCUCUGUAGUCGCAAGUCUGUAUUACAUUAUACGUGAACUGCAAUAUGCUAAGCAAAAUCUUACAGUUCUGCCUCUACUUGCACUGUACCAAUAUUUUGUUUCUGGAAUUUGCCAAGAUCUGGUCAGAAAUCUAGAAGCUAGGAUCCUCAAGAUUCAGGUUCUUACAGAUUUAGGAUUUUUUUCUGAAGCCUUUUAUGAGAUAUCCCAGAUUUUUUAUGGAAAAAAUAUGCCUUCCUCGGUACCCUCUGGCUGUAAGGCUCCUGGAAAAGUAAAGAUAUUUCAAUCAUUUGACUCAGGAAAACCUCUUACUAGUAGAGAAAAUAUGCAGGCCCUUGAUGAAUUAAUAAGUAAAGGAUUGCCUCUAAUUCUGGUUACAGUUGGCCAACGACAUCUCUUAAAUAAGUUUUCUUUUGUUAAAGCAUACUUCUUAAUAAGUGUGGCUGCAACAAUAAAUUGUGUCCCAGAAAAUUCAAUGAAAACAAUCUACCAUGGACUUGCUUCUGAGAAGAGUAGAGGAAACCUUCCAAACUUGAAAGAGCUAAGUUUAAAGGAUGAUGGAAGUUCACUUGGUCAGCUUGCAAAAGUGAAAGAUGACUUCACUUUUAAGACAGUGAAGUUAAUUUUACUGUCAGAAGCUGAGGACAGGCUAAACCUCCUUGUGUCAGAGGUGGAGCCUCCAGGCCAUAAGAACGUCUCUCAGUGUUCUGCUGGUGAGUUGGAGAUUGUGGUGGAGGCCAGGCUUCAGCUGGCUGCAAUCGCCCUGCAGAGACAUAGGGCAGCAUACAGUGCUGCAAUAGUAUUUUCUACGCUUAGACUUCUCCAGGAUUCAAAACUUUUUAAAAAGAAGGGAGUACAAGAUGACACAGAGAAUUCCAUCUCUCCAAGAGCUUCUGCUACUGAAAAUAAAGAUGAGAAUGAAUUUUUAGAUCCUGUUUCCCUAAAUUCUCGAGAAUAUUUCAACAUUCAUCUCUGGUUGAGGUGCCGCUUAGCACUGGUGACUGCUUUUGUUGCACAGAUUCAUGGCAUUGGAAUCGUGACAGAAAACGAUAUGAUAGAUUACGUCAGCCUCAUCAAUGAAGUGUGUGAGGAGGCAAAAAGUGCAGGCGACAGGGAGCUACAGGCUGAGUUCUUGAUGCAAGCUGUAAUCAUUGGCCUACAAGAAAAGCAUCUAAAGACAGAUAUCAUAACCAAGCUUCAGGCGAUAAUACAUUUGCUAGAAGAAAGUGAAUUUAUUUCUCCUCGAUCUCAUUUAACCCUGGUGAGAAGCAUGCUUUUAUUGGAUGACUUAACAAAAGCUGAGAAAUUCAAGGAAACGUCUUUAAAAACAGAAAAAUUACAUUUGUUGAUUCAGUCUCACAACAUUCUUAUUGAACAGAUGCUGACUUUUGGAGAAACAAUUGAAUUUCCUUUAUCAAACACUGACUAUGCAAGUCCAUUACAGCCUUUGAAAAAUAUCUAUCUUCCUCAUGUCAUGUUAUUGGCCAAAACCAAAAUGAGAAUUGGACAUACAGUGGCCAAACAAGUAUAUUAUACCAGUAAAAAGAAGGAUCCCUCAAAGUGGUUCCCUGCCCUUCAUCUUUUUGAAAUAGCACUGAAGCUCUGUCAGGUAUCAGCAACAGAAGAACAUGAGGUAGAAGCUGAAAUUCUUUUUCAGAAAGGCAAAAUAGAACGUCAAAUAUUGAUGGAAGAGAAAUCUCCAAGUUCACAACUUGGGAGUUUAUUUGAAGCUAUACAGCUAAGCUUGAGAAAUGAUCAAAACUCAGGGUUGAUAAGAGACUCCUACUUAGAAAUGGCCCUAUUAUUUUUACAUAUGAGGAAGCCAAAAGCCAAACUUUCAACAUCACCAUUAACACUUAAGGCUUCUGCCAGAAGGCAUAGUUCUAUUGAAGAACCAAUGGUGAAUAAAUUUGAAAUAUACAGUUCACUGGCCUGGAUUGUGAUAAGAGCUGCUGCCCAGGUCAGUGAAGCUGUGUUGGAAAUGAAUCUACUUAUUGGAAAGAAGGAUGCUAGAACUGAUAAAGUUAGCCAAGGGGCAUUACCAAACAUCCCAGAAUUUGCCACCGUGGAUCUUCUGUCUUCAUUCACAGAUUAUUUGCUUGAUAACUACCAAGUGGUCUUCCCGACUGCCUAUACAUGCUCUUAUCAAAGUGAUGGCGUGUGUGAUAAUACAGAUGCUAGAAAAAAUCCUCAGAAUAAAGUGGAUAUUACAUGGAUUCUUCUACUGCGCUAUUAUAUUCAUCUGCAAAGGAUUAAUAAUAUGAGCAAACUGCUAGCGUCUCCAAAACCAGGAUCUGGAAUUUCAUUGCCAGAUGAUACACUUCUCACGUCCCUUUUCAACUCUGGGCUGAUUUUACGCCAAAAAGAAAUGCAUUUUUUCCUUAAAAGAUUUUUACAGCUGUAUUCUUCCUCUUGUAUUGAUGAAUUUCCAAGAGAACUAUGUCAAGGAUUGGAAAAUACGCUUUUUUGGGAAAAAGCCUUAUGUGACCCAGUCAAGUUAUGUCAUGACACUUCUCUACACUCCAAUUUAUCAUUAAAUAAACUCUCUGCCAGCCCAUCUUCUGGAGAUGUGUCAUCAGAUAUGAAGAUACAAGAUUUAAACAAAGAACUUUGCUUUCAGUGGUACAUUCCUCCUCUAGAAAGACCUCCAAAGGACACAGAACCUAUGGUUUUAUUGUUGUAUGCCUAUAACAUGAAGCCCCGGAAUAUUUCAGAUGCUGUACCUAAUAGCUCUUAUUGCAAUGUCUCUAUUGGCUCUUUCUGGGUUCCACUGAACAGAGUUAUUUCAAUUCAUGGGAAACUAUCCAAUCUUAAGCAAAUAGCUGAAAUAUCAUUGCCAGCAACUCCUGAAAUUGCUUCAGAUGACAAUGUGUCUGAAAUGCAAGAAAUGGAAGAGAAAUCAAUUGAUAAGGAAAUGGAAAACAUGAUUAUUGAAUGUUGCUCUGAAAUAAUAAAUCUGUUUUUGACUGAUGGAGAUAUAAGACCAUUGUCUGAGGUCCCAUUCGAUAUCUCGCUGCCAUCUAUAUUCAAUCUUGAGAGACUUUUUGACCUCGCGAAUGGUUGUAUUAUAUCAGGAGGAAGGCUUUUCAACUGGAUGGUGUCCAUCAUUCCCUAA